CCCAAAACCUUGUCGGCAUAAUCGGUAGCCAUAACCAAAGACUCCGAUAUCCGAGAGCUUUUAACGGAACACAAGCAGGCGUCGAGCUGUGCUUCCUUCGAAGUGGGCUACCUCACCUUCGUUGUCAGUAUAUAAAAUAAAUACAACACCUGUCAGUCAAUGAGGGGUCUUCUUUAUUUAGCGUAGCUGGUGCAUUAAUUUCAAUAGCAAAGUCUCUACGUUCUAAACAGAGUUCAAUAAUCCACGAACUGUCAUGGGGUAUGAGGGGUAAGAUUUUGAAAGGAUACCAAAAGGAUCUCCCGCCGAACAGACGAUUUGCUAUAUCGCUACUGAGGGCCCAUGAAGGUCCAGGCAAAAUGAAAGCCAAGCAAGAAACACCGGCUGACGCGUUUUCACAGAAAUCCGAAGACAACAGCAUGAAAAUCAAACUUUUCAGACUCAUGUACGAGACGGUGAGAGACAGCGAUUUGAAAGUACGUCGCGCAGAACUCGUCAAAACACAGUACACUAACUCCUCUGUAUUCGAAAUCGGUUUCUUAAUGGGCGAUGUCACAGAUAAGAUGAACGUAAUGCACGAUAUUUCAAUGACGCUGGCGAAACUGCACGAAGAAUGGCGUCCGAUCGAACACAUAAAUGCGUACGAACAGAUCGCCAACAAGGCGAUCGAAAUCAGCCAUUUACUCGACGUCGUCCGUGUUAUUUACAAGAAAGUACCGAUUGAGCAUCGCCCCGGGGCUAUGGAGCAUGGGAGCAAGGAAUUUGAGGCCGAAAAGUGAACGGAAAAUUAUAGCUGUCCUAAAUCCCCACUCCCCCUUCGCCUACCCUCUUUCACCUCUUCCCCCUCCACCCUCUAACACCUAGCAACGGCUAGCAUGGGCCGGAGACAAUAAUAUCCCCGGGGGAAGGA